AUGUCUGGUCGCCCUCAACUCCGUGGCCUCGUCCACAAGCAACUCAUGAAGGACAUUGGCCUCGCCUUUGUUGUCGGCGGCGCUGCCAUGCUCGCCUGGAACGCCACCAUCAAGUGGCCCACUGAGCGCCGAUACAACGAGUUCAACAAGCAGCUCGCUGAGGUCAAGAAGCGCGCCGCUGCCACCUGGAACCAUCCUUUGCUGGCCCCAAGCGCGCUGGAUCGGUGCGUCGCACGGGUGGUUGUCGUCGCUGCCGCCGUGCUCGUGGUCACCGCCGCGGUCGUCGCCGGUGUCGUCAGCUCGCUCUCCAGCUCAGACGACGACAACCAUCACGACGGCCCUCCGACAAACAGGAGCGACUAUCUGGGUCGGGCGCUCUAUCUGCAGUCCAAGUUCCCCUUGAUCGACGGACAUAACGAUCUGCCUUACCAGCUCCGAAUCCAAUUCGGAAACAACGUGUCGCUCGCUGAUCUUGCUGGCGGUCUCAACACGACUCAGACAGACAUUCCUAAACUUCGCGCAGGCAAGGUCGGAGCUCAGUUCUGGGCGUGCUAUGUCGACUGCAGCACGUCCCAGUUUACCGAUGCUGUGCGCACCUCACUCGAUCAAUUGGAUACCAUCAAGCGCAUUGUCGGAAAGUACCCCCACGUCUUUGCAAUGGCCUACACGGCCAAUGACAUCCGUACUGCGUUUGCGCAGGGCAAGAUUGCCUCGUUGAUUGGCGUGGAGGGUGGCCAUGCCAUCGACUCGAGCCUUGCCACAUUGCGCAUGUUUUACGAUCUGGGCACCCGUUACAUGACUCUGACGCACACCUGCAACACGCCGUGGGCUGACUCGUGCGCGCAGACCCCCGUCCUGAAUGGUCUGUCGGACUUUGGUCGCGAAGUCGUGCUCGAGAUGAACCGGCUGGGCAUGCUGGUGGAUUUGAGCCACGUUUCUCCCGACACGAUGCGCGCAGCCCUCGACACGUCCGUCGCUCCCGUCAUUUUCAGCCACUCAUCGGCCUAUGCCUUGUGCAACAAUGCUCGCAAUGUGCCUGAUGACGUGAUUGAACGCAUGCCUGCGAACGGCGGUCUGAUCAUGGUCAACUUUUAUUCUGGAUUUAUCAACAGCACUGGCACUGCUACACUCGAGCAGGUGGCCGAUCACAUUGUCUACAUUGCGGGAAAGUCGAGCUGGGACAACGUGGGUCUUGGCGGCGAUUACGAUGGCGUCGCCACCCUCCCAGUCGGUCUUGAGGAUGUCAGCAAGUAUCCGUACCUGACUGCCGAGCUGCUUCGGCGCGGUGUCUCGGACGAGAAUGUCAACAAGCUGAAUGGCGGCAAUUUGUUGCGUGUCUUUGAAGCUGCCGAGAAGGUGGCUCAACAAUUGCAACAAACGACCAUUCCGUCAGAAGCUGCGAUUGGCAAGUACUUGAACUACAGCUGCCGCCCUGAUUUUUGA